GGUUCAAAGAGAUGCUACACAACGUGACAGGUCGAACUUUGAAGCGAGUAACAGGAUACUAACUUAACACAGAACUAUGCAGGUGGGAGAGGUGAGAGUCGCAAUGGACUCAGACUUUGAGAAACUAAAAGAAAUUUGUGAAAACCACGAUGGUUGGAGACAGGAUUAUAACAAAAACGGAAUUGUCGUGUGGACUAAAUCUACAGACGUCACGAGUUUCAAGAUGAUCAAGGUUUUUAGCACAUUUAAAGAUAUCCCAGCAGAUGUAAUGUAUGAUGUUCUUCAUGACCCAUCAUAUAGGAGAGUAUGGGACACAAAUAUGAUAGAGGGCUUUGAGGUUUGCUGUUUAAAUCCAAACAAUGAUAUUGGGUAUUAUGCAAUUAAAUGUCCAGGGCCUAUAAGAAACAGAGACUUUGUCACUCAAAGGUCAUGGCUAGCAACAGAAAAGGAAUAUUUGAUUCUCAAUCAUUCAGUUAACCAUGAGUUAGUUCCAAUCAAGAAGGGCUUCCUUCGUGGCAUGUCCUAUCUCACGGGCUAUGUGAUGCGCCCGCUGGAAUCAAAUUCCAAGGGUUGCCAACUUUACUAUGUGACACAGUGUGAUCCUAAAGGCAAAUUGCCAAGUUGGGGAGUUAAUAAACUUACAACCAUGCUGGCUCCUAAGAUUAUACAACGACUGCAGAAGGCGGCCAAAAAUUACGAAUCUUGGAAGUCUAAGAAUAAUCCCAGUUUCAAGCCCUGGAUAUAUCCAGAACAGAUCACUAUACCUCGUCUUAACUAUGACCACAUCAAAGCCUUCUCAGACAGUCUUGCACAAUCUGAAGAAUCCUUGGAAGAUGAAGAAAAUUUCAAAUUAUCCGAUUUUCAUGAUGAAGAUGUAUAAUAUUUGUGUAUAUACAAGCGAUUUAUCAUAUAUAGGGAAACUUAAUGAUGGUAAAUGCCAAGAUCUGUAUAAUUUAUGAUAUUAUAGGAAAGUAAUUUAGUUUUAGAAGGGAAUAAAAUAAAUUCUUGGAUAAUGCCAAGAAAGAACUGUACUUCCAAAGUUAAACAAAAACAUAAUAUUUAUACAUUAAUUGCUCAAAAUAGUUUUAAAACACAUUUGCCAUGGUCUUCUGACAUGUGAUCUCUAAUGUAAUCUUUUCAAAAAUCUAUACACAUAUUAGAUGGAAAUCCCUUCCCAAAACCUUUUAUAUAAUCUUAUAUAACUCUAAUCUUUAUAUUAAUGGAUGAUGUUUUAUAGACACCUAAAAUUGUCUCUUAACUUCUUACUAAAACUUCGGUUGUGUGUGUCUUAUUUUGUGCAGGGGCUUGGGUCAUUUGGUAUUUAAGGCUAGGGUUUUCAUAGCGUAAUAAGCCUUAGGCUUUAAAAGGUUUCAUGUUAGGCUACAUUUUGAAGGGAAUCAUAUGGUCACUAUACAAUAACUGUUUUUAUUUAUUUAUUUAUUUAAAAUAAAUAUUUAUUUAUUCAUAAAUGUGUGACCAGACUUCAGAAGGACCCAAUUAUUCCUCUGUCAUCUGAUCACACAACUUUCCAAAGUAGUUGAAGGUGGCAAGUUGACUUCAUUUCCUCUUGCAGUGUUUUUUUUUUUUUUUUUUUUUUUGGUACAGUUAUUAUCGAUUUUAGAUGUAUAAGAAUAGUAAUAAUAACUUUCUUCAGAUCUUCAAGUAUCUUAACUUUAAAUAGAUCUCUUACCUAGUUGGACAUUCCAUUUUGAAAUUAAUCAAGAACACUAUGUCAUAGCUAAAUGAGACUCCAGAAGUAUUGAGUGUUUUUAGAAACUAAAUAUUUUGAAUGUAUUCAUUAUUAUCAAUUAUUUACAAUAUCUAAUGUAAUUUGCAUCUUGAUAUAUGCUAACUGGAGUUUGUUACCACACCUCAUAUAUAUAUACAGAGACAGAAAAGUCUGUUUAUAAAUAUAAACAACUACAGAUGGAGGUUUAAUGGUGAACAUGAAAUUUCACCACCAAAAAUGCUGUGAUGAGCCCUAGUGCAGGCAAAACCUGUCAUGAUGUGAAUAUAAAUUUCAUGCAAUUGACAAUCAAUUUUGAGACUUUUUGUAGUGAACGCCUAGGAUACUGUCAAAUGUCACUACACAAAUUGCUAUGUAUGCAAGGCACAGUAACAUCACAACAGAUGUGACACAUUUGUACAGACUGUUUUGUUGCACAAACAUGUCAUGACUGUAGCAUAUUUCAUGUCUUAGUUCUUGUCACGCCAUGAACUAACAAGCAGUUAUCAUAAUUCAUCAUACUAAGUCUUACAGGAAGUCAUGCAAGGGUGGAGUUCGUGCCAUUUGAAACUGAAAUAUAAUCAUAUUGCGUUUGCUGUGACAGUCCUAUGUUCCAGAUCUUCCAAAUUACAAGAAGUUGACUUACGAAGAAUGUCAACAUAGCGGAUGGGAGUCGAGUAUCACUCUUUUUGCAGGGUUGCCAGUCUGCAGCUAUUUCAGUUAUACCAGUGAUGUAAACACUGGUCCCAUUCCAAAUACCAGUAAAAUUGAAACAGUUUGUCAGUAUAGUAAGCUAACAGGUCACAUUAUUUAGGCCAGCAAAUUUUUAGGCUUAACUGUUGUGAUGGGAUACUAGAGUUUUUGUCACAUGCUGCUACAUUAUGUCAAAGGUUCAAACUUACAGGGUGUUUGUAUUAAACAUUUUAAUGCACACACAAGUCUUGUUCAGCUUGGGAAGACCCUAGCACCCCGAGUGUCAAAGAUUGCUGGAAACUCGCUUCUGUCUUAUCAACAUGCCUCUGCUGUGUCCAGAAAUUGUACAAGGCAGUUACAUGGUGAUAUUGAGUAAUAAUAAUUUAUUCAAAAUUUUCAAGGUUGAUGUUUCAGGAUAUUUAAAUCUAACAUUUGUACUACAUUUGGUAAUUCAAUAAAAUCUUUAAAAAUUUGAUUUUUUCUAAGACAUUUAGAAGAACUUGAAUAUGAAAAAGGGUCAAUUUUUUAAAGUUUUUUCAGUAUUUACUCAUGACUUUUGGUACUUGAAAUUUGCCAUUUCUUCUCGAGGGUUGUUCCUUCUUUUCAUACAUAAAAAGCUUAUUGUUCUGAAUUUUGAUAUAAAACCUGUCAUAAAGUGCAUCCCUUCUUUGAUCCAAAAUGUUCUGAUUACAAAUCAAAUAGUCUCUGAGACUUGGGGUGGAGCUGGCUGAAUGUAAGUAAAGUGUGGGAGACUUGAUACACGCUGCUAUGGUCUGUAACAGGUUGUGUAUGUUUUAUUUUGCAGUCUUUCACUAUAGCUGUUGAUGUUCAAGUUGAUAUAGGAGGUUCCUAUAUGUUGAUAUAGGUAUCUCUUAUUUUUAAUGUGUAUUUUGGAUUGCUAAUGAAAAUAAAUGCUUAUUUUUAUGUACAUUUUGAAAAAUGUUUAAAAAAACAGGCAUUAACAAAACUGAUUUUCAUACAUGCAGAUAAAAAAGUUUUUAGAAUAUGUAGUUUUGAAACGUUUUUGAAAGGCCAUAAUUAACUUCAUUAUGAUCGCCAUAUUUGCAUGCUUAAAGAUAAAAAAAUGUGAUUAUUACUCUUAUAAACUUUUGUGUAAGAAGAAAAAGUUAAGCUUGAAAGCUUUUAAAAUAAGAUGACUGUGUCAAUCAUUAGUAUAAAAUGAUACAGCAGAGUUGAAGUCCUUUGCCAAGAAUUAUUAAAUACUUUUCAUAUGCACGUUUUUUAAAUUAAUCUUUAAGUUAUAGGAAACCUACAUGCACGGUAAACAGUCUUGUUUUUGAGUAUUGAUUUUUUUCAACUGUUAGACUCAAAGAAUUGGUUUUUGAACAAGGGUUACUGUACCACCAGCCAGUUUUUUUUGCACUUUUAUUGUUAACACAUUUUCUCCAGUGGUGGAAAUAUCAAAAAUUUUAAAGAGCAAAUAGCCAUAUAAAUAAAAUAUAUCUGGUAGUAGAUAUGAAAACUUUUUGGAAGCUUUUUCAGUUACAUCUAUGUUAUAAUCCCUUCGAUGUGCCUAACCUUGCUAGUGGUGCAGUAUUACCUCUCUGGUUAUAUUUAUAGCCUUAUUUUCAGUAUUUCUCUAGUAUUAUUAUUUCCCCUGUGCAAUAUAAUUUUAUUGCAUAGCAGGGUUUACAACUUGAGCUGGCUUGAAGGUACAGUCAAAGUGUUCACAAUUGAAAGGCCAAGCCAUACUUUAUCCAUGUUAUGUUUUAUUUUCUCUGUGAUUAUUUUUUGGGUUUGUUGCACAUUUGUCUGUUAGCACUUUAUCUUUCUUUCAGUUUUCUGUUUUAUUGAUUGCAGAUUAUAUGCAAUAAAGAUAAUCAGUUUCAUUUGUUGUGAUGACUCCAUUUUGUUUCUUCCAUCAAGCUAAUUGAAAAUUUGUCUGUAACCAGCUGUACAAAUUUAAAAAAAUAAAAUAAUCAUUUAAAAAUUAUUCAUUAGUUGGACAGUGAUGUGAAGUCAAUCCAACCAAUUAUAUUUAAGAUAAAGCACAAUUAAGAUAAAGUGUUUCUCUGCUUUAUAAUUUUUUUUUUUAUGUACAGCUUAGAUAAAAUUAUAGCAGGCAAAUAUGAACAAAUGUCUCUUUAAACAUAACUCUUGGUGGUCUUGAUAUCAUGAAAUGUGUUUCUAACUACUUUGAAGCAUGAUAUACUCUUGACUUGAUCUCAUGUAAAAGUUAAAUUGCUUGAUCCUGUCAAUAUUUCACAAAAUCUGGAAGUACAUGAAAAUUACUAAAAAAAAAAAAAA